UACUCUCUGUGGCAAAUGUCUGCCGAGAAGGAUAAAAAAGAACCGAAAAUCGCUCAAGACACCUAUGACAUCAAAGUCGACAUACCUGAUGAAAUUUUAUGGAGAUUCACCGGUCCAGGUCUUUUGAUGAGCAUCGCCUAUUUGGAUCCGGGUAAUGUUGAAAGUGAUCUUCAGUCAGGAGCUGUGGCACAGUUUAAGCUUAUUUGGGUGCUGUUGCUCGCACAUGUGCUUGGUCUUCUUCUUCAACGACUUGCCGCUCGUCUCGGUGUUGUUUCCGGAAAACAUAUGGCGGAGGUGAUUGCUCAUUCGUACUAUCCAAAAUGGCCGCGACUGAUUCUAUGGAUUAUGAUUGAGAUAGCGAUCAUCGCUUCUGAUAUGCAAGAAGUUAUUGGCACAGCAAUCUCACUUUAUCUGCUUUCCGAUGCAAAAAUUCCUCUAUGGGCAGGUGUGCUUAUAACAGUUUGCGACACGUUCACAUUCCUCUUUCUGGAAAGAUAUGGAGUGAGGAAAUUCGAAGCAUUUUUUGCAUUUCUUAUCGCUUGUAUGGCCGCAGCGUUCGGUUAUGAAUUUGCAAAGAGCAAGCCGUCAAUGGGCUCACUAUUCACCGGUAUGGUGGUACCGUGGUGCACUGAUUGCGGUCCUUCCCAGUUUCUGCAAGGUGUGUCAAUCGUCGGAGCGGUGAUUAUGCCACACAAUCUCUACCUUCAUUCGGCACUCGUCAAAAGUCGCUCUAUCGAUCGAACUAGGAUGACGAAGGUCAGUGAGGCGAACAAGUACUACUUCAUCGAGUCAUUUUUCGCCUUGUUCUGUUCAUUUUGGAUCAACGUUCUGGUUGUUGCUGUGUUUGCCGAAGGACUCUAUAACAAAACGAACGGUGACGUGAGACACAAUUGCUACACAAUCGACAAUCACAUGCCAGAUUUCUACAAAGUGAUUUUUGAAAAUAAUACCGAGCCAGCCGAGAGCGAUAUCUUCCACGCUGGAAUAUUCCUAGGCUGUACGUUCGGUGUCGGUGCGCUUUAUGUGUGGGCCGUUGGAAUUUUGGCUGCUGGUCAAUCGUCCACCAUGACCGGCACCUAUGCCGGACAAUUCGCCAUGGAGGGUUUUGUUCAAAUCAAACUACCACGUUGGAAGCGGGUUCUUGUGACAAGAACAUUGGCAAUGGCACCGACAUUGCUGGUGACAAUAUUCAGCCGCGGAAUAGAACACAUCACAGGACUGAACGAUUUUCUUAAUUGUGUACAAAUGAUACAGUUGCCGUUCGCCUUAUUACCUGUGUUGACAUUCGUCUCUGACAAACGUGUGAUGUUCACUUUUCGGGCAUCAAGACCGCAGCAGAUUUUUUCGUUGAUGGCAACGAUAGUGAUACUUGCCAUUAAUUUUUUCUUUCUCUACGAAUGGAUGAGUACGACGUUCGGUUUUAACGUUAUCUCGAUCAGCUCUUCUGUGAUUCUGGCAACAAUCUACAUGAUAGCGAUACUGUUUCUAGUAAGUUAUCAACUUCAGUACCCCAGCAACCUAAGUAUGUAUGUAAGUAUACAUGGUGUAGUGCAAUAG